UGACGCGUUUUCUUUUCCAAUGCCCACCAAAGGUGGGCAAUAACUCAUUAAAUAACAAGCCCGCGACCUUAAAUCGUUUAUUACGGUCGGAAAAGAUCAAUGUAAAACAAAUAUUUAUUGUGGAACAGAGCACUGUGACACUGCGGCUGCGGCCUACUGCGAGAACAAAAAAACAAUGCAGGGAAACGUCAAAAGGCGCAAAGCAAAAACAUCUGCGACUCACUGUGGCAAACAUAUUGUGGCUUUGUUAUUGUAGCAUUGUGGUGGCCAGCUUUCUUUUCGUGGCGGCACACGAUAUUAUGGACCCUAGUAGUCGGUCGGAAUGUUAAAUCAGUCCCCUGGCAAGCGAGAUCACGAUGAAUCUGCAGUCCUUGUUUCAGGAUUUCAAUCCGAGUAAAUUUGUGGUCCACUGUUGCCUGUUCACGUUCACCAUUUUGUUCUGCCUCCGCUUGGACGACUAUAUCGAUUGGCCGUACUGGGUGGUGUUUGUGCCGCUAUGGGUGUGGAAAUCAAUUGCCACGCUGGGCGCCAUCGUGGGCGCUAUCGUGUGGUGUCGAUAUCCGCACUACAGGGUGGAAGGUGAUUCGUACUCACAUUUCAAGGCGAUGCUAAUAUCGCUGUCGCUGCACCUUAUCCUACUGAUGUUUGAGCUGCUGGCCUGCGAUCGGCUCACUUCCGGUCGCCACCUGUGGGUGCUCGUGUUCAUCCCGCUCAUCUUCGGCAGUGCGGCCAGUGUGGGGGCCUGCGUGUGGGCCGUCAAGCACGACCGAUCGUUCGAGCUGGAGCUGUUCUGUGCCGUCAACGCACUGCAGUUUGUGUUUUUGCCUCUCAAACUGGACGGGCUGGUGUCGUGGAGCUGGGAGGUCGUCUUCGUGCCACUGUGGAUCGUGCUGUGCCUGAGCCUGGUCGCCGUCCUGUACAGUAUCAUCUUCUGCGUCAUCCUGCUGCGCACGCCGGAGGUGUCAGCGCAACAGAAAAAGUCCGCUUUCUACUCUGCCAUCGGCAACUGCGCCACCGUCAUCCCCGUGCUCAUCUUCCAGGUGCUGUUGGCCGACAAGCUCGACGAGGAUCUCAACUUGCCGUACAUAGCCGUGGCCGGACCGCUGCUGGUUGCACUAUUCACGCUGAUUCUGCUCAGCUUCAAUGCCAAAGGUGGUAACAAGUGGUGGUUCGGAAUACGGAAAAACUUCAGCCAAUUCUUGCUCGGCGUGCUGCCUUGCCUGCAGGAAUACGGCAACAUAUCAUAUCACACGGAAAACGGGCAAAACGUCCCACUGGACAGUGCCCACGUGCAGUUGGAUGAGUUCGAGAAGUACGACAAGAAGAGCAAAAAGGCGCUGACGAAAAAGAACGAUCACCUUAAACCGGUGGUCCCGAUCGUCAGCAUAGAGCUGCCCGAUUAGAGGCCCGUCCGGACGUGGAGCAUAGCUUUUUUGCGUUAGGCACACACUCACACCGUUCUUGUUGCUGAUUGCCCGGUGGUUCUCUUCCCUUACGCGUAGUUCGGUUGAGUGUGCACUCGAAAAGUUGGAUUUGUUGCUCCGUUACUCUUACGAAACGAUAACGUUACUUUUAGUUGAAGUUUUAGUACCCAAGUACAGUGCUGCGUCGGAUGCGGCGAACCGUACAAAACGAAAACUCUCGUCAGGCGCUCAUGGCGAGGGAUGAUGACAAUAUUUGAAUUUAUUGGAGGUUGCCGGUACCGAUGGAUUAUCGAGGAUAGCUUUAGGACUAACGUACAUUCAUUCUGCAACCCCGGGCCGGGGGAAUUGUGCCGAUUUAUGAUGGCGUAGUGAGAAGUCGGCUGAACUUGCUGCCACAGAGCCGGAUGCUUUGAAUGCUUGAAAGGUUGAAAAUAUUGUUGUACAAGGCAUAGCGCAUUACUCGGUUCAGUUGUAAAUAGGGCACGGUUUGUUAAGCGAUUUGCGGCCUAUUCAGCGUGCAAGUUCAAUAAAACAAAACUGGC